UUUCAAAUCCUUUGAAAACUUUGAUGAAACGAACGGCUAAUCUCUGAGAAUCAGAGGCUCAGAAGGAUAAGCUCAAGUACAAAAAUUUGACACCUCCAAACCCAGCUAAUGAAUCUGAAAAGAUCACAGAACUGACUGAUGAAGAUUUAAAGAUUAUAGAAGAGAAGCUCAAUGACACUCUUGCCUUUGAACAGAUGAUUUCUCAGAAGAAAGAUCGAGUCCAAAAAGUUCCUGAUGCUGAAAACACCCCACAACCUGAAGAAUCAGGCAUGAACACAGAUGUUACAGAUGAAGACCUUCUCAAAAUCGAGAGUAAACUUCUUACCUUAGAAAAGCCCAAGGGUGGUAUCAAUGCUCAGGAUAAAGGCGAGAUUGAAUGUCUUCUUCAAGAUUUGAAUGAAGAAACAACUGAUGAGACCAUUGAGAAGUCCCUUAAAGAAAAUGAUAACUCAAAAUCACACCAAGAAUCUACAGUUGACAUCGAUGAUAUCAAUAUGGACGAACUUGAAGAAUACUGUCUCGAUAGUGAAGAGGACGCUGCACCUCAAAAGGAUGCUCAAGACACUUUAUCAGCACAAGAUCUAGCUAUAGAAAAAGAACUUGAUAAGAAAAGAGAUGAACUGAAGAAUGAAAUCGCUCUGGUUAAUGAGAUCUUCCUAAUCAUGGAGAUUGAAGUGAAGGAGGAAGCAGAGACUCAUGUUAUCAUUAAGCCUUUAAACCACCUUCAUUUGCCACUCAAGUUCACCCUGAUCCUUCGACAAUCUUGGAGGACUUCUCCAUUCCAAGUAGAUGAUGAGAUUAGAGUAAUAGGAAGAAUGACUAGCCUUAACAACUUUCAAUUAAUCUAUGACGAUAUGGAGUAUACAACCGAUUAUGAAGGAAAGAAAGGAGAAUGAAUUAUUCUUGAACCAAAACUACUUGUCUCCUCUACAGAUAUCUCAACCACAAUUCCUUGUGCAAGAGUGCCAUUGAUGAAGAACAUGUUUAAUAACUGCGAAGGACCUCCCAAAUUCCCUCUGAUUUAUGGAAAUAUGGUCCACAUGGUGUUCCAAAAGAUGCUUGAACUCAAAGAAUUCAGUGAGGUUACAGUCCAUAAAAUUAUUAAAGAAAGUAUCCAAGAUCAGAUUCUCAACCUCUACUUCAUUAGGAAGGAAUAUAGUGAGGAAUGCAUCUACAAGAAAAUCAGUGAAGCAGCCGUUAAAAUAAAGCAGUGGAUCAACUGAAUGUCUAAAACAGAGACCAAUAUGUUUAAAAUAGCUUUCAAAAGACAAAUUGCCAUCGAACAAGAAAUCCAUUGAGACUUUUACGGAGUCAAAGGUAAAAUAGAUUCCACUAUUUUAUGCAUUAAUGACAAAGGACAAGAGCAGAUUAAUGCUUUAGAGCUUAAGACUGGGAGAUACAGAUCCGCUUCUCAUAGAGGUCAAGUACUUCUUUAUAAUAUCUUAUUGGAUGACAUCUUCAAGGGAAAGAACAAAGAUAGUUUACUCCUUUAUCUUAUGCUUCAGAAACACCCAUGUGAAAUAAUCACAAAGGUAGAUAUAGAAGUCAGAAAUUUACUUCAAAAUAGAAAUAUUUUAGUGAGACAUUUGAAGAACAGAGUUAAUUCAGAAAUCUCACUUCCAAAUUUGAUUAGGACAAAUACUGACUGAAAUAAGUGCUUUUCCAAGAAGCAAUGAGCUCUCUAUGCAUACUCGCUUGAGGAGAAGACUUGUGAUGGAGAAACACCCACCUUCAAAGCGUAUAGAGCCCUUGAGAAAACAAUGCCAAAAUCUGUGCAAGAAUAUUACAAGAAGUGGAUAACAGCUAUAAACCAGGAGCAGCUUAAGGAAGAAGAAAGUACUCACACUGAAAAGUCAAAACUAUAUUAUGAAAAUCCUAUUUUAUCCAAGCUCUUGAUGAACAGUCUCCACCCCAAAGAUGAUGGAGUUGUGGUGCAUCUUAUCAAAAGACUUCCUGACUAUUUCACUGGAGGUAAGGCACUUAAUAAGAUGAAUGAAAGGGACACAGUAAUCCUCAAACCUGACAAUAGCACACUCAGUUUCACCAAAGGUGUAAUCUUGAGGAAGAGGUAUUAUAUUCAGAAUAGUAACAAAGUCUGGAUCGAGAGGAAGACCUUCACCAAAGGUCUAACUCAAGAUCUGAAGUUGAUCAUCCAGCUCAGUCUUGCUGAUCUCCAAAACUUUACAAGAGAAGCUCUUGGAGGAAUCUCAUGGAAUGAAACUUCUUGGAAAUUGCAGAAGGAGAUUCUGACGAAUCCAAAAUAUUCAAAUAUGAGAGGCAAUGUUUUCCUCCUAUGAUCAGAAAAGAAGUAUGAAGAGAAGAGAAAUUUCAUCAUACAAAACAACAUCAGUGAGCUUUUAGAAAUACAAGAGCAAGAAAAAUCUCAACAGAUUGUUAACAAAUAUCCUAGUGUGUGCAAAGGGCUUGAUCAGGUACAGAAAGAAGCUCUCUCAAAGUCUUUAGAAUGAAAGUACUUCCAUUUGGUCAAUGGUGGACCAGGCACUGGUAAGACUACUGUUCUUCUAAAGUUGCUAAAAGUCCUUAAAAAGGAGAAGAAAAAGGUCUUGCUCGUCUCUCAUUCUAACUCUGUUCUUGAUGAUUUACUUGGUAAAGUCCAGAAAGAGGGGAUUUCUUUCAAAAGGAUUGCUUUCUCUAGUAGCCAAGUUCACCCAGAUAUCCUAGGGAAUACUAUAACUCCUAAUAGUUUCGAAGAAUAUUAUGAUAUAAUGGAAGUAAUGGAACAGAACUUAUUUGCAACAAAUGCUAUUGGAGUCACCAAUAAGCUGAUAGCCCUUCUCAAGCCAUUUGAGUAUGUCAUUUUUGAUGGAGCAAACAAGAUAUGAGAGCCAGAAGCCCUUUCAUCUAUCUUAGUUGCCCAAAAAUUCAUCAUGUUCGGAGAUUACCAUGUUGAAGGGCCUGAAACAUGGGGAGAAGAUCAAUUAGAAGUGAACUUUAGCAUGAGCCUAUUCCAGAGAUUGUUCAACCAGUAUUAUUCAUGUGCAACUAUUCUAAAUCAGCAGUAUCAAGGAAAUGAGCAGAUAAAUGAGUUCUUGAAUAAAGAGUUCUAUUUUGAUAGCUUAAGAAUAGAAGAAUCUCUUAAAACAGAGAAUUUGCUGUACAACAAAGACUUUAACUACGGUCUGAUCCAAGUAGAUUUCCUACAGUAUGCUCUAUAUCCUCAGCCUGCCAUAGCCUUCAUAGGAAUAGACAAUUUACUGACUCAGCACCCAGAAUGUCAGCCAGAUGCUCUAAAUAGUGGAAUUUUAAGUAUGAUUCUGCACUCGUUUAUCACAAAGGACCUAUGAAGCCCGGAAAAAAUAUCUGUAAUAUCUUCAGCCCCAAGUGACUCCAUCUCUACGCUCUUGACCAGCCUUGAUAUCACUAGCUAUGCUACCUUACAAGACCUGCCUGCUCCUCGUAACGAUUUACUAAUUCUGCUGAUAUCCCCUUGAGACGAACCUCAAGAGGCCAAAAUUCUUAGAAAAAUCCUACCAUUGUUCGGGAAGGCCAUCAAAAAGCUCAUAAUUAUUGGACAGACAGGGGAAUUCAGGAAACAAGAAAAAUUAGAUAGGAUUAUGGGAGGACUGAAUCAGAAGAAUUACGUAGUGCAGAUAGAGAAGUUAGAGGAGAACUGGAAAGAGUAUUUUCCGGUGAGUGGGAUUUUUGAAGAGAAAUAUGAGGUUAAGGAGAAGAAGGAGGGAGAAUAAGUGUUUUUAGUAAUGGUUUUUG